UAUUAGAAAGGAUAGCCAUAUUACGGGCGCUUUGCUUGCUUCAGACGGGUUUCUCCUAAUUUCGAGGGAUACUCGCUUGUGUACAGAACACAGGCUUUCUACGCACUCAGUGAUUAGGCUCAGGUAGUAUAUCGAGGCUUGAAUUGGCAAUUGAAUGCAAGGACGUCAGUGGUAGUCCCACUCGAUCAUGUAUUUACUUACUUUUGAAUCAGAUGUUUUUCUCUGAAAUCGGUAAAUAAAGAAACACAAACCAAUUAUGAAGACCUCCAUGAUGGAAUAUGCAUUUAUUUUUCUCGCUAUCUGUCUACAGAGUGGAACCGGGUUUAAGUGCCUCAAGUGUAAUGAAAUUUUGAAACAAAAUUCCGAUUGUAAACUGUUACCAUCAAAUGCAAGUGAAGUGGUGGAGUGCACAACGUUCUGCUACACAAAAAUUCACAAGGCAGCGGGUUUGGAAGUAGACAUGGACCGAGGCUGUACACAUGACGAAGAUUGCGUCGAGGAGGAUUCCUGUGCAAGCAUUACAGAGACUGGGGUCUGUUCAAGUUGUUGUAGAGAAGACUACUGCAACCACGGCUACCCGAAGGGCUCUGUAACCUCAAAUACUGUAGUGUGGAACGGGAACGUUUUAUGUAUAAUUAUGUCAAUCGUUAUUGCUAAGAUGACUGACCGUUAUCCACCACCCCAGGUGUAAAUUAGAAAAUGAAUCAUAGAUGAUUUUUGGUAGCUUUUUCUGUCGCCAUAAUCCUCAACAUCAUUAAUGAUAAUCAUAAUCAGCGCCAUACAAUCAUUAUUAUCAUUAUUAUCAUGAUCAUUGUAAUCUUAACCAUUGUCACUAUCAUCGUAACCGUUAUCAUCAUGUAUUCUUCUUCUACAAAAAUAACAGAACUAAUCUUACUAUCUGUAAUCCAUCUUAAAUCAAAAUUACGGACAGUUUAAAGUAUUUCGUUUUUAUCGAAAUAUGUAAACUAUUAAAAGGUACAGUUGAAAUGCUCUAAGGAGAUAAAAACGAUAAUUGGAUAGUGAAAUGUUAAAUUAUUAAUCAUCUUUAAUCAUGUUUUCCAACUACUAUAAUAUAAACUAAAUCGAAUUCUUAGCAAAAAGAAUCUGAUUCAAACUGCUGUCUUUUUAUAUCACCAUAUUAGUGUCAUUGUGAAAUUAUGAAAUAAUGAAAUUACACGCAUAUAUCUGUGGAUAUAAGGAUUUUAGUGAGUGGGCAUAAUUUUAUAAAAAUAUAUUUUAUUUAACAGUAAUAAUUCUGUGGUAUAUAAUUAUUUCUGUAACAAAAGAAUUAAUUAUGUACACAUAAUAGUUUGACAGUAAUAAUUCUGUGGUACAUAAUUAUUUCUGUAACAUGUACACAUAAUAUUUUGACAGUAAUAAUUCUGUGGUACCUAACUAUUUCUGUAACAACAGAAUGCCCAUUUAAAGACAUAAAUAGCAAUGUCCCAAACGGCGCCCCGUAAUGGUGAAGCAAAACAAUGUAAUACGAACACUUUAAAUUCAAAACAGGUUUAUUCAAGAGAAAGAUUGUUACUCACAA